UCCUUGCAUUAAACUCACAACACACAAAUUCCUCUAUCUAUCUAUCUCUCUCUCUCAGCUCUCUAAAUAUGAAGUUCCUUUCAGCUGCAAUUUGCCUGCUUCUCCUCAUUUUUGGCACUGGUAUGGCGCCAAUGGUUGCAGAGGCCAGGCUUUGCGAAACUCCGAGCGCCAACUUCAGGGGGCUAUGCUUUAGUAACAACAACUGUGGCCAUGUGUGCAAGGGUGAGGGGUUUAACGAUGGCGCUUGCAGGGGCUUCCGCCUUCGUUGCUUAUGCUCAAAGCAGUGUGUUUGAUAUCUCAUUCAUCAACUAAUUCUCUAUUUACUUUCCAAGUUGUAUGAAUAAAGUGGCCUUUGGCCCCUCUUCCUUCCUCCCUUUCUUGUGUUUUUGCUUUAAUGUUGUGUAACCUCUUCAAUUACAUUGUGUUCUUCGAAUUUUGGUUCAUGCAAUAAUAUGCAUAUAUCUGGUGUCGUAUAUUUA